CUUAUUACCUUUUGAUGGAAUACGCGGAGAGUGGAACUUUACGUCAAUAUUUGAAAAUCACUAUACUUUCUUGGGAAAAAAAAGUUGAAUUAGCAAUGCAAAUAGUUGAGGGAAUGUCUUACUUACACAGUAGGAUGAUCACUCAUCGCGAUUUG